GACUAGGACGUCGAUAUCAUUUUUUAUUUACAUUCAAAUCACUUACAACCUCACUGUGAAACAUUUCAUACUUAGUAUCCUUGAAAGAGAACUGUUUUUCCAUUGUCCGAAGAACGAACCGAAGAACGGAACGUGAUACGAAGCGCCACAUCACCGUCAGAGACGAUCAAUCUACCUCGAAUACUUCAUAAUCACUCUGAAAUAGUAAUCAUGGCCUCGCAAACCGCAGUCUCAGCACGCAGCGCCUACCGACAGGUUCUCCGUGCGACCCGCAUCGCCUUCCAAGACGACUUCCGUGUUCUGGUCGCUGCUCGCCAGGAAGCCCGUCGACAGUUUGACGAACACCGCCGCGAGGGGAUUGAUACACCAAUGCAGAUUAAUCAUGCCAAAGAGGUGGCGGCGAUUCUACGACACAACAUUGUACAGGGUGUUAGGGAUAGUAAAGACGAGAACGCCAAGUGGGAGCUCCGUAUUCACGACGAUAUCGAGCGUGGAGACAAUGACUCGAUCAGGGUUGGUGGGAAGAAGAUCAAAGUUGACAAGCCGUGCUCCGCAUGAUUGAGUCGACAGCGAACAUCUUAUGGGAAUUGGAUAUUGUGCUAUCAUAUCUGGUAUGGAAGGAUGAACAGCAGAAAACUUGCAUUUGCAAUUUGUAUUAUAGUAUACCCAUGCUUUCCUCACCUCCUGGCGUCUCUUGGGGUAUUUUUCUCGAAAUUAGAAUGCAUAGCAAACAACGCCCGCUUGAAC